AUGGAAGACGAGCCAGGCCGCAGCAUGACGUGCAGCUUUAACGCGAAUGCCAUGAGGUUAGACCGGCUGCUGGAAUUGUUCGCGUUUGGCUGGCGCGGUGCUGCUUGGAAACACGUGCGUGGUGCGUAUAGCAUUCGUGCCAUCUUAGAGCGCUCUGGCUCGCUCCAUCUGCUCGUUGUGCACUCUGAUUUCAACCAGCGGAAAAUACCGGACGUCCUUCCGGUGAUCAAACAACAGAGGCACUGGUAG